AAUUAAGAGCAUGGCAUGCGAUGUUAAAUGCAACUGAAUAUACAAAUAUUACUCCAUUUAACCAUCAAGAAUCAAAGCGAUCUCUAGAUAAUAAUAAAAGAGGUUCAAAUGGAAAGCAAAGAAUAUUAUUGAUUAUAGCAGACAGUUUUCCGUACCAAAUAUUAAGACAAAAACUUCAAAUCUCACCUAAUACAAUUAAUACUGCCAAAAUGUAUGCAAGAAUUAAUAGCUAUGGAUGUUCUGCGGCUCCAAAACCACUUAUGGUAAAACAAAUUAUGUCACAAGAGCGUGAAAGACAAUUCGAAAUUUUUUUUUCAAAUAAAAACAAUGUGAACAUGAGUUCUUAUAAAACUGAUAAUGGCAUGAAAAGAACUGUAUUUUUUGAGCGAUUAAAAAAUGGUCCAUUUAUUUAUAAAGAUGAUUUAGGUGGGCUUUGCUCGAUUUGUAGUCAGUAUGGAUAUGAUAUAUUUUUUGAUCUAACGAACCUAGUUCGUAAAGAAACUUACUUUAUAUCAGAAUUAGAAAAUCAAAAACGUUAUCUAAAACUUCAAUAUUGUCAACAUUUAAAAGUAAAUUUUGAUAGCACUGUACAACAUGAUAUAUGUAUUAACCAUUGUUUACUAUUUGCGUUUGGAGAAUGUAACAAAGCUCAUACCUUAGAAUGUAAAGAAUAUUCACGAAUCUUUGGCCUUUUCGGAAAAUUACAUAAU